AUGGCAAACUUCAAUCGAAUCGAACUGCUUCUUGGGCUCCUGCUCGUGAGCUUCUCACUGCUGGCGGCCAAUGCCCACCCCACCGACUUGCAUCUUGCUCACAAGAGAGCCACAACCUCACCAAGGGAGCGCAUAUCCAUAAACAAGGACUGGAAGUUUUCACGAUUCACUUCUAAUCCCGAUGGCUUGUCAUAUAAUGAGACCCUCAAGCCAUGGAUUCUCCCAUCUGCCAAUGACUUUGUCAUUGAUGGCACCCAGUACCAACGUCCCAAUGGCACAUCUCCUGGACAAGAUGUCGAAUACACGCAAGCAUCAUUUGACGACAGUACCUGGGAAGCCCUAGACUUGCCACAUGACUGGGCCAUCAAGGGACCAUUCAAUGCGCCCGGUAUAUCCGGUGGCAUGGGUCGCCUGCCGUCCAAUGGCAUUGGUUGGUAUCGGCACAACCUAACCUUUACUGAAGAAGACGUCGGCAAAUCCAUCUUUAUUGACAUUGACGGCGCCAUGUCGUAUUCCGCCGUUUGGCUCAAUGGCGAGCUUGUUGGUGGUUGGCCAUAUGGAUAUACUUCGUUCCAGCUCGACCUAACGCCUUAUAUCACAGUCGGCGAGGAAAAUCUGCUGGCCGUCCGUCUUGACAACCCCCUCGACUUUUCGCGAUGGUAUCCUGGAGCUGGCCUAUACCGCAACGUCUGGCUGGUCAAGGUCGACCCAGUCCACGUGGCAAAAUUUGGCACUCACAUCACCACACCAGUGGUGACAGCAGAGGAGGCCACAGUCGACAUCGUCGUGAACGUGGAGAACAAGGGCGAGAACGCUCAAGGGGUCAUUGUGCAGACCGACAUCCGUCCGUCUGGAAGCGAUGAAGCAGUAGCUAGCUUUGAUCCAGCAUCAGUGCUCAUCAACGGAGGGUCCAAACAAUCAGUAAACGGCUCAGUUACGCUCACCAACCCACAGCUCUGGGGACCGCCACCGACGCAACAACCAAAUCUUUAUGUCGCGGUGACCACCAUUACCAGUAGCAAUGGUACCGUCCUUGAUCAAUAUGAAACCACUUUUGGCGUCCGGUCGGUGGUCUAUGAUCCCGACGAAGGCAUCAUUGUCAAUGGCGAAAAGAUUCCCAUCCGUGGAACGGAUAAUCACCACGAUCUUGGCAGUAUCGGAGCCGCCUUCAACCACAGAGCGGCUGAGCGACAGCUGGAGCUACUACAGGAAAUGGGCGGCAACGCGCUGCGCAUGUCGCACAACCCGCCGGCCCCGGAGCUUCUUGACUUGGCUGAUAUCAAGGGCUUCUUGGUCAUGGACGAGGCCUUUGAUGUUUGGAAUGAGGAAAAAGUCACCAAUGACUAUCACCUCUUGUUUGCUGACUGGCACGAGCCAGAUCUCCGAACCCUGAUACGUCGCGACGUCAAUCAUCCCUCGGUCAUUGCAUGGAGUAUCGGUAACGAGAUCCCUGAGCAGCGCACAGAUGAGGGCGCAGCCACUGGCCAAAUCCUAUACGAUAUCGUGCACGAGGAAGAUUCCACACGACCCGUUACUUCUGCUCUGAACAAUGGACAGCCUGGCGACGGCCUCGCAGACCUGCUCGAUGUCAUUAGUCUCAACUACCAAGGAGAGGGAAGAGGCAACUCGUGGACCUCGACAUUCCCGGCCUUUCACGAGACAUAUCCCGAGAAGCUGCUUUGGACGAGCGAAAGCGCGUCGACUGUCAGCACUCGCGGCACAUAUUUCUUCCCCGUCAUUGGCAACAUGAGCCAAGUCGUGAGCGAUGCACCAGGGGACGGCGGCAACUCCACGCUCUUGGAGGUGAGCGCCUACGAUCUAUAUGCCCCGUCGUGGGCCACAUCUCCGGACAAGGUCUUCAAGCAGCAGGAUACCUAUCCCUAUGUUGCGGGCGAGUUUGUAUGGACGGGAUGGGACUACAUCGGCGAGCCGACGCCCUACGAUGAUUACGAUGCGGCUCGUAGUUCAUACUUUGGCAUCAUUGACUUGGCCGGAUUCAAGAAGGACAGGUUCUACCUGUACCAGUCGCGUUGGCGCCCAGACGUUCAGUUCGCUCACAUUCUGCCUCACUGGACUUGGCCGGAUAGAGUCGGUGAGGUCACGCCAGUCCAUGUGUUCUCGUCGGCCGAUGAGGCGGAGCUCUUCAUCAACGGCGAAUCUGCCGGCAAGAUUACCAAAGAAGAGCUGACUUACCGCUUCCGCUGGGAUAACGUCACCUACACUCCAGGCGAGCUCCAUGUUGUCACCUACAAGAAUGGUUCCGUUUGGGCAGAGGCAAGCAAGAAGACUGCCGAGAGCGCCGCAGCACUCAACAUUACAGCGGAUCGGACUACUAUCACGGCUGACGGAUAUGACUUGUCGUUUGUAUCCGUGGCCGUGGUCGAUGAAGCUGGUACAGUGGUGCCAGAGGCCAGCAACAACAUUACAUUCUCCGUCACGGGUCCUGGCGAAAUUGUGUCUACCGAUAAUGGAAAACCGACUGAUCUGACGCCCUUCCCAUCUUUGACCCGAAGCGCCUUUAGUGGUCUCGCUCUGGCUGUAGUCAGGUCCCAGAGCGGGCAGGCUGGUUCCAUCACGGUCUCGGCUGUCGCCGAUGGACUUGCGGGGGCCGAGAUUACAGUUGAAGCUUCGUGA